AUGGAAGUGGGAUUUGCUGCUACAAUUUCUCCCUCCUCAGUUGCUUCCUCUCAAAAGGAAUUUUGGUCUAAAAAUGUGGUCAACGCUAUGCCAGAAGCAUUUGCAUCAAAACUAUCUCCAUUAUCCAACCAAGCUUCUAGAAUGAAUUCCUUAUUAGCUUCAUCCACAGCUAAUAAAGAAUCCUCAAAUAUGAAUGGAUUUUGUUCCGUGGCAAAUUUGGCUUGCACCCCAUUACCAAAAACUACAUUACAAGUGAUCAAGGAGACAAUAGUUCUAAGUGCAUAUGGAGCUUCCCCUGACAAUAUGAAUUCACAUGUUGAUGAUGAUGAUGGUCAAUCACUUGAGCCCAACUUCUUCUUUAGGCUUUCAUCAGUUUUCCAAAAUGGGAAGCGAAUCCGACUACCGAACCUAGAUAAAAUAAGUCUUCCUCCUCGCUCGUUUCUUCCUUCCCAAAUUGCAUCAAAAAUAUCCACAAAAAAUUCAUCAAAUCUCCAAAAAUAUUUCCCUACUUUAUUCUCUUCCAGCUCAAUGAAAGACACCCUAGAAAGAAGCACGAGGUAUUGUAAUAUGCCAGCCCUAAAAGGCGAGAUCAGAUCAUGUUCUAACUCACUUGAGGAAAUGAUAGAAUUCUCCAAGAAAGCAUUAGGGGUGACAAAAUUAGUGUCACUGAGUACCUUAAGCUCAAAAGGGUCCGGAAAAGAGCUUGAGAUUGGAAAUAUCAAACAAUUCCACGCACAAAAAGUCGUUUCUUGUCAUGAAGUUUUCUUUCCUUUCGCUACAUACUUUUGUCAUUCACUUAUCUCAUCGAAAACUCGCCUCUACGCCGUUGAUUUUGUUGAACCUGAAAAUAAAACUCAUGUUAACAGGAUCCUCGCCGUGUGUCACAUGGAUACUUCAGCAUGGCCUUCUGAGAGUAUUGCUUUGAAGGCAUUAAAAAUUUCUCCAGGAAAAGGUGAGGCUUGCCAUUGGUACAGAAAAGAUGAUCCUCUUUGGAUUGGAAGCGAUGGAGCAAACAAGAAGCUCUAA